AUGAAACUAGCCUUGAUAUUGGUUGCUUGCAUUCUUCAUGGUGCAGAAUGCAAACCUUAUAGCAAGGGUGGUAGGAAAGGUGGCUUUAACAAGCUGCUGCUCAUUUCUUUUGAUGGCUUCAGAUGGGAUUAUGAUCAGGAUGUGGACACCCCUAUUUUUGAUCAGCUGGUAAAGGAAGGAGUGAAGGCGCCAUACAUCUCGCCACCAAUCAUCACCAUGACAUCUCCCUCACACUUCACCACCAUCACUGGGAGAUGGAUUGAAGAUCAUGGAGUGGUCCAUAACAUGCUGUUUAACUCCACAACGCUCCUGAAAAUCACCCAUAAGGAAACCAUGAAGCGGUCAGAGUGGUGGGACAACGGAGCCCUGCCCCUAUGGAUCACAGCACAGAACCAGGGACUGAAAACAGCAUCUUUUUACUAUCCCGGAGGGGGAGUCAACUACAGUGGACAAGCAGUGGACCGAGCCCUUGUUGAAUCCUAUGGUAUGCCAGAUGACAAUGAGACAGAGUGGCAAGAGAACAUAGACACUGUCAUGCGCUGGUACACUCAGGAGGACUUUGACUUUGUGACCCUGUACUUUGGGGAGCCUGAUAGUGUCGGACAUUCAGUGGGUCCAGACACUCAGGAGAGAAAGGACAUUAUUAAAAUGAUCGACCGCACACUUGGUUACCUCAAAGAUGCCAUUGCAAAGAAUGGCCUUACAGACCGUCUAAACGUCAUCAUCACUUCGGACCAUGGCAUGACCACAAUAAAGAAGGAGAAAUUCGAUCCAAAUGUAAAAGAGAUCAUACUCAACAAAUAUAUUAACUUUCUGCACCUAGUACACUUUGAACUGGUCGAUUACGGUGGCUUUGGAAUGUUAAGACCCAGGAACGGCAAAAAGCAACAGAUUUAUGAUCAGCUGAAGAAUGCUCAUCCCAAUCUGACCGUGUACAGAAAAGAAGAUCUUCCUGAAAACUUUCACUUAGCCAAAAACAGCAGAAUCCAGGAUAUUAUUCUUGUGGCAGAUUUAGGUUACAACUUGAAUUCAAGAGCAAUCAUAUAUGUGAACAAAGGAGAUCAUGGCUUUCAUAACGAGGAGAUGGACAUGAAGAUGAUCUUCCGAGCAUUUGGACCAGAUUUCAAGAAAAACUACUUGGCUGAUCCAUUUGACAGUGUGAACAUCUAUGCCCUCAUGUGCAAGCUAAUGGGUGUUAAUCCGGCCCCAAACAAUGGCUCACUGACCUACACCGAGAAAAUGUUGGUAGAUGACUUCGACAAUCUUCAUCCAACAGACCCGACUCCCACAGGACCGAUUCCUCCAAGACCGACUCUUCCAGGACCGACUCUUCCAGCUGUGACUGGAAUCAAGCAUUAG